AUGUGUCUUGUCCGACUGUUCCCUCGCUCUCGAGCUUAUCUUGGGGGAACCCACAUCGACGACUUUACGUUAGAGAUGGGGCAUUGCAUCUUACGCGACCUUACACCAAACUCUACGACGAACCCUUCUUCCCGAUUCGAUGAAAUUCCGACUGCUUUAUCGGCUUUACAAAAGGACGUAAGGACAGUCGGAAAUCGGCCUACCUCAGUCUGGGAUCGAUGGUACUGCAAGAAGCCGAUUCAAAGCACUUCGAUGGGCCAGGUCUCGUCGCUGAGCGUUGAGAGAGCCGGCAGAAUCAUGGAUAUAUCUGCAUCGCAGGAUUGUAUAGUUUAUGCAAGGCUUGCCCCAAUACUUCGGGCCUUUCCCUCCGUCCGCAGUCGGAAAGGCGUUUUCCUGGAAGCCGUAUCGCACCGUGUCUGGGAAUCUGCGAGCACUCAUAAUUGUAGAAGUACAGUCGUCGAGUGGGCGAUUGAUAAAAUAUAA